AUGUUGCCUUUCUCCCGAGUCCCAACAUCGCAGCUGGGCCUCCUCAGAGGUUCCCUCGCAUCGCGCUACAGCUGUCGCGCUACCCCACACGUUCUGCGCAGACCAUGGCCAACAACCAGUGUCUACAAGGCCUUCGGCGUCGUUCGACUCUCGAGCACGACCAGCACCGGCAUCGAGCCCGUCAAAAAGACUUGGAUCGACUCGCUACCACCUAAAGUGCGACCAUACCUGUAUUUGACGCGAAUAGACAAACCAAUUGGAACCCUUUUGCUAUUCUGGCCGUGUACGUGGUCAAUCGCAAUGGCUUCAUACGCGCUUCACUUGCCUCCGAGCGUCCCAUUGACCUACAUCAGCCUAUGCGGCAUCGGCGCUCUUGUUAUGCGUGGAGCAGGAUGCACAAUAAACGACAUGUGGGACAAGAACUUGGACAAGUCUGUCGCUAGGACAAAGGAAAGGCCACUUGCGAGGGGUGAUUUGACGCGGAAGGAUGCCUUCAUCUUCUUGGGGGGACAAUUGGGUCUCGGGUUGGCUGUUCUUCUUCAAUUUAACUGGUAUAGCAUCUUGCUUGGCGCGUCCUCCCUUUCCCUGGUCACCAUCUACCCUUUUAUGAAACGUGUGACCCACUGGCCACAAGCAGUCCUUGGCCUCGCGUUCAAUUGGGGAGCCCUUCUGGGCUGGUCAGCGGUAGCCGGUACGGUCGACUGGGCAGUCUGCCUUCCUCUUUAUGCGGGGGGUGUCUGCUGGACGCUCGUGUACGAUAGCAUUUAUGCCCACCAAGACAAGCUCGAUGAUGUCCAUGCCGGUAUCAAGAGCACAGCCCUCCUUUUCGCAGACAAGACCAGAUCUAUUCUCACCGGCCUUUCCUUGUCUUCAAUGUCCCUCGUGUCCUAUGCCGGAUAUUUGAAUCACCAGACGGAGCCUUUUUACGCUGGCGUUGCUCUUGGAUUGGCACAAUUGGGCAGAAUCCUGUAUCGGACGGAUUUCGAGGACAGGAAGAGCUGCUGGGAAGGAUUCGCAAGUAGCGGUUGGGUUGGAUUUUGGAUUUGGGCUGGCGCGAUGGCGGACUAUGGACUUUCCUUGGUCGCACUCGGCUAG